CUUCCGCUUCCGGUCGGCAGGGUUCCUGUCUCCAGAAAGUGGUCGUCUCGGUGGUCGCGAUGGGGAAGUCAGACUUUCUCACCCCCAAGGCCAUCGCCAAUAGGAUUAAGUCCAAAGGGCUUCAGAAGCUGCGCUGGUAUUGCCAGAUGUGUCAGAAGCAGUGCCGGGACGAGAAUGGCUUUAAGUGUCAUUGUAUGUCAGAAUCUCAUCAGCGACAACUAUUGUUGGCUUCAGAAAAUCCUCAGCAGUUUAUGGAUUAUUUUUCAGAGGAAUUCCGCAAUGACUUUCUAGAACUUCUCAGGAGACGCUUUGGCACCAAGCGAGUCCAUAACAACAUUGUCUACAAUGAGUACAUCAGCCACCGGGAGCACAUCCAUAUGAAUGCAACUCAGUGGGAAACACUGACUGACUUCACGAAGUGGCUGGGCAGAGAAGGCCUGUGCAAAGUGGAUGAGACCCCCAAAGGCUGGUAUAUUCAGUACAUAGACAGGGACCCAGAGACCAUUCGCCGGCAGCUGGAGCUAGAGAAGAAGAAGAAGCAGGACCUUGACGAUGAAGAAAAAUCUGCCAAAUUUAUUGAAGAACAAGUGCGAAGAGGUCUGGAAGGGAAGGAGCAGGAGGCCCCUGUCUUUACAGAGUUAAGCAGAGAAAAUGAUGAAGAGAAAGUUACAUUUAAUCUGAAUAAAGGAGCAUGCAGUUCAGCAGGAGCAACAUCUUCCAAAUCAAGUUCUUUGGGGCCAAGUGCACUGAAGUCUCUCGGGAGUACAGCAGCAGUGAAACGGAAAGAGUCUUCCCAGAGCUCCGCUCAGUCUAAAGAAAAGAAGAAAAAGAAGUCUGCACUCGAUGAAAUCAUGGAGAUAGAAGAGGAAAAGAAAAGAACUUCUCGAACAGACUACUGGCUACAGCCUGAAAUCGUUGUGAAAAUUAUAACCAAAAAACUUGGAGAGAAAUACCAUAAGAAAAAGGGUAUCGUUAAGGAGGUGAUUGACAAAUACACAGCCGUCGUAAAGAUGAUUGAUUCUGGGGACAAGCUGAAACUUGACCAGACUCAUUUAGAGACAGUGAUUCCAGCACCAGGAAAAAGAAUUCUAGUUUUAAAUGGAGGUUACAGAGGAAAUGAAGGUACCCUAGAAUCCAUCAAUGAAAAGACUUUUUCAGCAACUAUAGUCAUUGAAACUGGCCCUUUGAAAGGACGCAGAGUUGAAGGAAUUCAAUACGAAGAUAUUUCUAAACUUGCCUGAGUUGGAAAAUUGUUAACAACGUAUUAAAAUCCUAAAACAUCACAUUGGUGUUUGCCAAAGUAUUACGAGACUCUACUGUGUUAGGGUAUUUCUUUGUAUAAAACAGAUAGACUUAUUUAAAUAUUAUUGUGUAAGUGUUUAGCUAAAUUUAUGGAAAAUUUAAUUAUGUCUCCUAAAGUGUCACUUUGACCUUCUUAAUUUUUUUAUAAUUUUGACCUUGUUUUUUUCUUUUCUUUGUAAUAUUUCUUUGAUGAUUUUUUAUCUUCAUUAAAAAUAUUGAGAAGUAUUUUAUAUAAGACAAUUUAGAAUCCUAUAAUUGGAGGAAAUCUUUCAUAUACUCUAAAAUUUAUAUUUUCAGUAGUGGAUAGUAAUGUUGAACUGUAAUUAUGAUUAAAAUGUUAAAAACUAAGCUAUGAUAGCACCUUUAUUCUGAUAUAAUUCACGUACCAUACAGUUUGCCCAUUUAGAGUGUGCAGUUCAUUGGCUUCUAGUAUGUUUGCAGAGGUGUGUAGCCGUCUGCACUAGAUUUUGGGGGAUAUAUUUUGUCACCGCCCAGAGAAACCCUGUACACAGUCUGCAUUCUUCUUCAACCCGUGCCAUCCCUGGCAGUGACUGACGGCCUUCCUAUCUCUUUAGAUUUGCCUAUUCUGGACAUUUUAAAUAAAUGGAGUAAGUUCUGGGUUGUUUUUUUUUUUUCCACAGUGGGUGUCUUUACACCAAGCCUAGUGUUUUCAAGGUUCAUCCACGUUGUGAUAUGUAGCAAUACUUUAUUUCUUCUUAUUGCCAACUAUUACUCCACUGUGUGGAUAGACUGCAUUUUGCUUUCCACUCAUCAGCUGAUGGACUUGCUGGCUGUUAGAACAUUGCUAUGACAUCUGUGUAUGAGACUUUCUGUGGACAGACACUUUGAAUUCCCACAGUCUCAUUAUAACUUACAUCAUGGUUAAUAUGUUAAAGAACUGGCAAACUGUUUUACAUAGUACUUGUAUCGUAUUAGCAGUGUUUGAACUGUACAUUUUUAAAUAAAUAGGGAACAUGAUUUGCGAUGUAAAAGAUUGGAAACCUACCUCAUACUUGUUUAUACGUCCCCUAUGUGCAUGCACACACACAAGAAAUUUACAGUUUGGUUAACUGAAAAUAAACAUGCAGCGGGAUCUGAAUGUGAAUCAGAGCUUGUUUUCUGAGCCUGUGGUUUCUCUGUUAGCCAUUCUCAUGCACUCUUAAAAGAGCAAGAUGACUCAGGAGGUCUCCAGGUUUAUAUCUCAACCUUUCAGCAGCACCAGGAGAACAGACUAUCUUCUGUAAUGAUUCAGACGGGAGGCCGAGAAUCGAGUCUGAUUGGACCAUUCCUGGACAAUCAAUCACUCCCAAGGAAAGGAUGGGAUCUACUGCUGACCAGAUGGCCCCCCUGCCCGGGCUGGCUGGCUUGAACUGAGUGAAGGAGGGCCAAUGACAGCUGUCACCUUUCAAGACAACUUUACAGUGUGCAACCGUGGAAAACAGCUGGGCCUCAUAGCUGGGCGGACUUUAGGUUGAAUGUUGUGCUCGCUAGGUAUAUAACCUUCAAGAGCUGAUGUCCUUGAGUUGCAAUAGUUUUAGUGUAUAAAUUGUCAAAACUGCUAUGUCCUGUAUGGUUGAUGUAAGAACUGCAGAAAAUACAUAAAGUUAAAAGAAAAUAUAUAUAAGGUGUAGACAUAAA